AUGCCGGGUCCAGCGGAGCUUCUGCCUGUUUUGUGGGCUAUGAUGCUUUUCUCCGUUCUUCGCAAAGUACACGGAGAAGCAACAGACAGUGACCGUCCAGCAACGUACUGUAAAGUCAAUGUGGUUGUGCCUAUUCUACGCUUGUGGUUGGACGUCGAAUUGGACACAAAACCUGACUUCAGACUGUCCAGGCAGGCCAUGCAUUCGCUGCAACGUGGGUGUUAUGGCGAGAGGAUGAAGAGGACGGGGUUGGUAAAGAGGGAGGAUUGUUUGAGGAUGGAGCUGGAGAAGCAGACCGGGUCGAUGGUGCAGAGGAGGCAGAGCCCAACUGAGUAUCCUCACUGGGGGUCUCGUCAGGAUUGA